CUUUCUUCUUUUUUUUUUUUCCUCCAAUCCUUUGCUGCAUCUUGAAGUCACUUUGAGCUGCGCUAGAAUCUUUCUUCUCUACGAUUAAGGUUUCAGAGAAAAGAGGGGUUCUUUUGAAUUCUAUUAAUUUAGGAUUAAGGAAUGAAAUUUAGAGUUGGGACAUGGGGUUUUCUGCUGUUCUUCGCCCUAGUCUUCCAGUUGCCAUUCCGCCUCAUUCUUUAAAGUUGUCUUUGUUGAGGCGCAAUUUGAGACACAAGGCAUUACCUUUUGUGACAAUAACGAAAGGAAAAGGACAUGGGCAUUUUCUGCUUGUGGUCAAGUCGGUGUUAAAUAACGGGAAAUCGAGCAUUAAUGACAAUGGGGCGACUGAACCUGCAAGGGUUCUUCUUGAGGGAUUGUUUGCACAGACGCAGAAACUAGAAGCUCAGAUGAAUGGAGAUGUUGAGGUUCUAAGUGAUGUUCUGCCUGGGUUUAAUCUAGAGACUCUGGAGUCUGAUCUCCAGGCUGCAUUGUUAGCUUUGAAGAAAAAGGAAGAAGAUUUAGAAGAGUUGGAAAAUAGGGUCUUGUUGGAGCACAGCCAGUUGAACCGUGCAAAGGAGGAGUUGGAGCAAAGAGAGAAGGAAAUUGCUGAUGCUAAUUUUAAGCGUGAGAAGCUAGAAGAGGAGUUAAAGCAGGCAAAUCUUUCAUUUGCUUCUCAGGCAAGGGAGAUAGAAGAUUUAAAGCUUCAGCUGAAAGAACAAGACCGGCAGAUUGCUUCCGCACAUUCUGCACUCUCUUUGAAAGAGGAUGAAAUUGAUAAAAUGAGAAAGGAAUUGACAAGGAAGACUGAAGAAGCUGCCAAGGUUAGUUCUGAACUUGAAUCAAAUUCCCAAUGCCUGGAUGAAGCAAAUGAAGUCGUGAAGAAUCAAGAGGUUGAACUUCAAGGGCUUCAAGAAGCUAUUCGAUCAAAAGAGGCAGAAAUAGAAGCUUCAGUGAGUCUGAGGAAACUUGAAGAGGACAAGCUAAAAGUUGCAAAGGCAAAUUUGGAGAAGCAGACAAUGGAGUGGUUAUUAGCACAGGAAGAACUGAAGAAAUUGGCAGAGCAAGCAGCGAGACAUAUGGGAGAUGCCAAUGAAACUUUGAUGGAUUUCAGCACAGUGAAGCAACUUCUUGCUAAUGUGAGGUCUGAGCUUGUUUCUUCCCAGAAGUCUCUGGCGUCCUCAAGACAGAAAAUGGAACAGCAAGAGCUGUUAUUAGAACGGCAGCUGGCAGAGCUUGAAGAACAUAAGAGAAGUGUUAUCUCAUACGUGGAAAGCUUGAAGAAGGCCCGGAUAGAAGUCAACAGUAAGAGAAUUAAGCUUAGGGUUGCAGAGGCUCGAAACAAGGAGCUCAAACGGGAUUUAUCUGUGGAGAGGCGACUAAUUGAAGAGUUGCAGGAGGAGAUGAAGAAAGAGAAAUCUUCACUUCAGCAGUCAAUUGAGGAUGCCUCUUUCUUGCGCAAGAAGUUGGAGCAUAAGAAUGGCGAAUUUGAGCAACUGCAAAAUCUUCUUCAAGUUAAAGAAGCGGAUUUGGUUGAGUCUAAGCUAGAAAUCCAGCAUCUGAAAUCCGAGCAGGCUUCUCUUCACCUUCUCGUGGACGAGAAAGAUCCGGAGUUGGCUACUGCCAGGAAGAAGUUAGAGCAGGCAAAUCAGGAGAUUGCUGAGUUAAAGAUGCUUUUGAGCAGUAGAGAAGAUCAGCUUCUUCGAGCAACUGCCAUGUUGAAGGAGAAAGCUGAACGUGUUCGGAAUGUAGAGGACGAGUUGAAUGAUACAAAGCAGCAAUUUUCUGAAGCCCAAAAUGUGAUGGAACGGAUUGUAGAGCUCACAAACAAACUCGCUAUCUCUGCUAAGAACAAUGAUAAUAUUGUGCUGAUGCCAGCUGAUGACAAGGGUCUUCAAUUAAUGCAAAUGCCACUUGCCAAACCUGCCGAUGAUUUCAGGUUGCAAAUAAAGCAGCUUGAAACCGAACUUGCAUUCACCAAGGAAGAUUUAAGAACGAAAGAAAUGGAAGCUCUAGCUGCACAGCGGGCUCUCACCAUCAAAGAUGAGGAGCUAAAGACGGUUCUAAGGAGAUUAGAUGAAAGAGAGAAAGAACUGAAAACGUUGAAGGAAGAAACGAUCAAAGAUGCUAAUGAUCUGAAGAAGCUUUACGCUUUGGCACAAGAGAGAGUUGGGGAUAAAAGCUUUGGGGACUUGGCUAUUGAAAAGCUUGAACUUGAGGCAGCUCAACUGGAAGUUGAAGCUGCCACUAGUACCCUCCAAAAGCUUGCUGAAAUGAGCCGAGAACUCUUAAUCAAAAUUGGCAUCAGCACCGAGUUUGAUUUCGAUUUCAGUAUCUUCCCACAAAGUGGUUUCGAUAAUGAGAUUAGUACAAUUGAGAACAAAAAUUGUUUUACUGAGGUUAAAACAGAAGUGGCCAGGCUUUUAGACUUGACUGACCAGCUGGUGAAAGAAGCGGGGAUUGUUGUUGCAGACAGCUAGUGUCUGAAGUUAAACGUCUGUAUAUAUAACCGACAAGAUUUGUUUACUUCUGCGUACGAUUCUGGAGAUGGGUAUGUCCAUUUGUUGUACUAAUGGCAUUGCAUUCAAUAUUCAUGGAUAUGAAACUAAUCUAAAUAUACUGGCGUUGGCGUU